UUUGUUCGAGGUUCCGUGUCCAACUGCGAUUCUGCCGUCGCUGUGGAUAAGAGGAAGAGCAGCAGCUUGAGAGCUGCUCUCCGUAAUAGCGCUGCUUCUAGCUGCGUAAGGGCCGAAGAGUGGAGAAAGCCAUUUUUUCCCCUUUACAUCCUUUUUCUUUCGUUAGGCGCUGCGGUGAAAUGUCGUGGCGUAUAAUCGUAGCCAGUGCUUCAUUGGUGUUCCUGCUCUCUCUCGUGCUCCACGUGGCACUUCACUCUCCCAUCUCGCCGCUGCCUCUGGCUCUCCCUUCUUCUAGUUUCCCGCCCAACAAUCUCCUCAAGGGUGUGGAAAAAUUAGGAGAAGGAAGUCUCAUCCUUCCUGAAGACAUAUGUGUAGGGAAAGAUGGCAAGCUGUACGCUGCUACAAGGGAUGGCUGGAUAAAGAGAAUGCAUUCCAAUGGUUCUUGGGAAGACUGGAAGAUGAUUGGAGGAUCUUCUUUACUUGGGCUUGCCCCAUCUUUGGAUGGAGAUAUUAUUGUUUGUGAUGCCUACAAGGGUUUAUUAAAAGUUGGAGAGGGAGGCCUCAACGUUCUAGCCACUGAGGUGGAGGGCACCAAGAUAUUCUUCGCAGAUGAUGCCAUUGAAGCCUCGGAUGGAAGCAUUUAUUUCAGCGACGCAAGUUCCAAGUUUGGAUUCGAUAACUGGUUCCUUGAUCUCCUCGAAGCUCGCUCAAAUGGCCGUCUCCUCAAAUAUGACCCUUUAAAGAAGAAGACAUCAGUUGUUCUUGCCAACCUAUCCUUUCCAAAUGGCGUUGCUCUUUCACCUAAUGAAGACUAUUUGCUUGUUUCAGAAACCUGGAAGUUUAGGUGCCUCAAGUAUUGGCUCAAAGGAGAGCUGAAGGGAAGUACAGAGGUUUUCAUUGAUAACCUUCCAGGUGGACCAGAUAACAUCAAUCUUGCUCCUGAUGGGUCUUUCUGGAUAGCCCUUAUACAGAUAAGGUCAAGGUGGCUGGAUCUGAUACACAAGUCACCAUUGGCGAAGUUGGUAAUGGCAGCAUUUCCCAAAGCCGUUGAACUGAUCAAGCCCAUGAAGAACAGAGCCAUGGUUGUCAAUGUUGAAUCAGAUGGGAAGAUCAGAAGGAUGCUUGAUGACUAUGAUGGAGGAGUGAUUUCCACUGUUACUUCAGCUUUAGAGCAUGAAGGGCACCUUUACUUGGGAAACCUGCGCAGUAACUUCAUAGGAAAACUUCCCCUCAAGGGAUAAAAAAACUCUUAACGCUGGUAAUAAAAUCUGUGCAAUUUUGUUUACUGUUCAUGAGCUUGAAUACUUGCCUUAAUGUUUUGAACCUUUUAUCAUUCAGUAAAUGUCUCAAAAUCAGCAAGCAUGGCCUA